UUCAAUAAAUUUGGGUAAAAUGAUACUUUAGAAAUUUCGAGAUUGUUUUGCCAUAAAGGGUUCUAGAUGAGUGACGCAGAAAAGAAGCAUCGUAGGGGUACCAAACCACAAGCUGAGGUCCAACAAAGCUAACCUCCUCCCCUCCACUGACUAUGGUUCCUUCUGCAAGAAAGGGGUACAAAAAAGACGGAAAAGAAGACAUGGUAUUUGGAUGAAAACACGUGGCAUAGCAGAAAAAGCAGAAAAAACUCUUCUCACAAGCAAAAGAGAUGGAGUUUUAGGCAGAUAAACUGGCAAAGAUAUCGCAGAAGUUCAACGUAUACAUUGCGCUAAACGUCGUGCAUGCUGAUGGAGUGUCCAAAUCAUGCCGAAGUGGAGCCGAAGGUUAACCGAAGAUCAGCGAAUCAAAAGGAAGGUCACAUUAAUUGCUUCAAUAUUCUCAAUUUCCUUUUCCAAAUCAUCUUUCCGAACAUUUUUACAAAUAAUGGAAACUUGUGUCACUAAAGUAGCGUUACACAUAUCUUGUAAAGGACUUUUAGACAAGGAUGCUCUCUCAAAAUCUGAUCCCCUGUGCGCUGUUUACAUUCAACAAGGAAGUGAUUGGACUGAGUAUGGUCGAACUGAGAGAGUGGGUAAUAACCUCAAUCCAGAAUUCACCAAAACCAUCACAAUUAAUUACUAUUUUGAAAUGGUGCAAAAAUUGAAGUUUGUUGUCUAUGAUGUUGAUAAUGAGACUGCAAAACUUGAAGAUGAUGACCUCCUGGGUACCUUGGAAUGCACACUAGGUCAAAUUGUUUCAAGAAAGAAUUACACAGAAAAGAUGACAGUAAAAGGGAAAAAUGCUGGAACAAUUACAGUUGUUGCAGAAGAAAUAAAUGAGUCAAAUGAAAUAGUACAACUACUAUUCCAUGGAAAAAGUUUGGACAAAAAAGAUCUCCUUGGUAAAUCAGAUCCAUACUUGGUUAUAUCAAAAGAAUUGCCAGACGGAACAAAAGUGGCUGUCCAUAAGACUGAGAUUUGUAAAAAUACAUUGAAUCCCUCCUUCAAAAUCAUAGAGAUUUCUCUCACAGAAUUAUGCAAUGCUGAUUAUGACAAGAAAAUUAAGAUUGAUUGUUUUGACUGGGACAAAGAUACUGAACAUGACAUGAUUGGAUGUUUUGAAACAACUCUAAGAGAUCUUGCCCCAGCUAAAGACAGAGAGAUCUCAUUUCCUCUGAUCAAUGAAGAAAAAAAAGCAAAGAAGAAAAAAUAUGUAAACUCUGGUGUACUUUAUUUAUCAACUUUUAAUGUGCGAAAGGAUUAUACUUUUUUGGAUUACAUUAUGGGUGGAUGUCAAGUUAAUUUUACGGUUGGUGUUGACUUUACUGCUUCAAAUGGCAAUCCAACAAAUCCAACUUCACUCCAUUUUAUAAGUCCUUACAGUCCAAAUGAAUAUGUCCAAGCUUUGGUUGCUGUGGGCACUGUUUGUCAGGAUUAUGAUACUGACAAGAUGUUUCCUGCAUAUGGUUUUGGGGCCAAAUUACCCCCCAAUGGGCAAGUUUUGCAUGAUUUUGCACUCAAUUUCAAUCCAAGCAAUCCAAACUGUCAAGAGAUAUCAGGUUUGGUGGCUGCCUACCAGAACUGUAUACGAUCUGUUGAGCUCUAUGGUCCAACUAAUGUUGCUCCAAUCAUAAAUUGUGUUGCAAAUUCUGCAGAAAAAGCGGUUGGAAAAGGCUCGUAUUUAGUGUUGUUAUUGCUUACGGAUGGCGUACUUUCAGACAUGUCUGAUACCAUUGAUGCGCUAGUGCGUGCCUCGAAACUACCAAUGUCUGUUAUUAUCGUCGGUGUUGGACAAGCCGACUUCACUGAUAUGAACACUCUUGACUGUGAUGAAGGAUUCCUCAGUAGUUCGAAAAGCGGGAGCGCUGUGAGAGAUAUUGUGCAGUUUGUACCAUUCCGAGAUUUUAAACAGGAUCCUGUGGCUCUUGCCAAAGCCGUGCUUGCUGAAGUACCAAAACAAUGUGUGGAUUAUUUCAAGUCGCAAGGAAUCAAACCAGGCAAUGAAUGAUAACGUACAUGAUGCAACAAUAUAAUCUACAAUUUUAGAAAUUAUUCAAUUAAAGAGUAUUUAUGGCAUUCCAGUACUGACAACUAAAUUCACGACAAUUAUACACAAUGUAGAAACAUUUAACCAAUAUUUCAAUCAGAAAAUUAUUUUCGUAUCAUACACUGUAUUAUGUAUACACUGUUAAGUUGAUUUUCAUAGAUAAAUAGGUACAAAAUACUACCCAUUAUAAUGAUGCAAUAAUAUAAAUAUCUUCAAUCAUAAUGUAAUAAAGAGGUGCUAAAUUUUUCAUCACAAUA